CUCCGAUCUCCCCCCGACUCCCCAAUUUCCUGUCUCCCCCCGCCUUUCUCCCUCUACCUCGACCCCUCCUUUCUCUGCCUCCUGCCUCCCCGCAAUCGGCGCCCUCCGCUUUCUCGGCUCGGGUACCAUCUCCGCGCCCCCUCCCCUCCCCCGCUCCAGCCCUUUGUUUCCCGGCGGAGUAUUUCCUGGGUUGCUGAGCGUCUCUGUCUCCGCAUCUCUCCUCGCCCCGCCUCCUCUGAGCCCGGAUCCGCCCCGCCCGCAGUCUCUCCUCCCCUUCCUCCCCGCCGCCCCUGUGCCCCAUAGGUGCUUGGGGACCCACCUUCUCCCCGGCUGCGGCCGGCCACCCUCUCCCGGCCCGGUCUCGGGCUCGCCGGGUGGCCGGCGCCCCCCGCCGCCGCCCUCGCCAGCUGCCGGGGAGGGGGUCAGGUGGGCGGGCACUAUUGUUGUAGGAGCCGGCGCCAGAUUCCUCAGCCGCGCUCGGGGUGGGACCGGCAGGGUUUGGGGGGGUGGGGUGGGGGGAGCGUUGAUUUGAGCUCCGAGCAGCUGGUCUUCGCGGCUCGCUCUCUCCUUCGCGCUCUCUCGCUCUCCGCCGCCGCCCGCUGGGCUGCGGGGCUGGGCGGCAUCUCUCGGGCGCGGCCCGCUGUCCUCGCCCCUGCCUCCGGGCUGCCUCCGCCCCCGGCGCCGCGCGCUUCCCCCCCACCCGGACUCCCCCAUGUAUGACGACUCCUACGUGCCCGGGUUUGAGGACUCGGAGGCGGGUUCAGCCGACUCCUAUACCAGCCGCCCAUCUCUGGACUCAGACGUCUCCCUGGAGGAGGACCGGGAGAGUGCCCGGCGGGAAGUGGAGAGCCAGGCUCAGCAGCAGCUUGAAAGAGCCAAGCACAAACCUGUGGCGUUUGCUGUGAGGACCAAUGUCAGCUACUGUGGCGUGCUGGACGAGGAGUGCCCAGUCCAGGGCUCUGGAGUCAACUUUGAGGCCAAAGAUUUUCUGCACAUUAAAGAGAAGUACAGCAAUGACUGGUGGAUCGGGAGGCUAGUGAAAGAGGGUGGGGACAUCGCCUUCAUCCCCAGCCCCCAGCGCCUGGAGAGCAUCCGGCUCAAGCAGGAGCAGAAGGCCAGGAGAUCUGGGAACCCCUCCAGCCUGAGUGACAUUGGCAACCGACGCUCCCCUCCUCCAUCUCUAGCCAAGCAGAAGCAAAAGCAGGCAGAACACGUUCCCCCGUAUGAUGUAGUGCCCUCCAUGCGGCCUGUGGUGUUGGUGGGACCCUCUCUGAAAGGUUACGAGGUCACAGACAUGAUGCAGAAGGCUCUCUUCGACUUCCUCAAACAUAGGUUUGAUGGCAGGAUCUCCAUCACCCGUGUCACAGCGGACCUCUCACUGGCCAAGCGGUCCGUGCUCAACAAUCCGGGCAAGAGGACCAUCAUCGAGCGCUCCUCUGCCCGCUCCAGCAUUGCGGAAGUCCAGAGCGAGAUCGAGCGCAUAUUCGAGCUGGCCAAAUCCCUGCAGCUGGUAGUGCUGGAUGCCGACACCAUCAACCAUCCGGCGCAGCUGGCCAAGACCUCACUGGCCCCCAUCAUCGUCUUUGUCAAAGUGUCCUCCCCAAAGGUCCUCCAGCGCCUCAUCCGCUCCCGGGGCAAGUCACAGAUGAAGCACCUGACCGUACAGAUGAUGGCUUACGAUAAGCUGGUCCAGUGCCCACCGGAGUCAUUUGAUGUGAUUCUGGAUGAGAACCAGCUGGAGGACGCCUGUGAGCACCUGGCGGAGUACCUAGAGGUCUACUGGAGAGCCACCCACCACCCAGCUCCUGGCCCUGGGCUUCUGGGCCCUCCUAGUGCCAUCCCCGGACUUCAGAACCAGCAGCUGCUGGGGGAGCGCGGCGAGGAGCACUCACCCCUGGAGAGGGAUAGCUUGAUGCCUUCAGAUGAGGCCAGCGAGAGCUCCCGCCAAGCCUGGACAGGCUCUUCACAGCGCAGCUCCCGCCACCUGGAGGAGGACUAUGCCGACGCCUACCAGGACCUGUACCAGCCGCACCGCCAACACACCUCGGGGCUGCCUAGUGCUAACGGGCAUGACCCCCAAGACCGGCUCCUCGCCCAGGACUCGGAGCACAACCACAAUGACCGGAACUGGCAGCGCAACCGGCCCUGGCCCAAGGAUAGCUACUGACCGCCUCCCACUGUCCUCCCCUGGCGGGCGCAAGCACAGCUGGCUGGGGGGCCCACUCCGGGCAGGUUGGAGGUAGACUGGCAGUAGGCUGGCACUAGGUUCAGCCCCCAAAACCCCCUGCCCAGCCCCAGCUCCAGGGCUGCCUGUGGUCCCAAGGUUCUGGGAGAAGCAGGGAGCCCCCUUACCUCCUGGGCACAGUGACCCCCCUAGGCUCCCAUUCCAGGUACUAGCUGUGUGUGCUGCACCCCUGGCACCUUCCUCUCCUGCACAAGAAGCUGCCCCACUGGGCAGUGCCCUCAGGCCAGGAUCCCCUUCACAGGGGCCUUCCCACCAGACUCAGGGAAGGGAUGCCCCCCCUCCAAGGGACAAAGGGUGGGGGGUGUGGACAGCAUGGCAUGCGGCAGAAACAAGGUCCCUGAGCGGGCACGAGUCCUAAUGGUCAAGGGACUCAGGGGUUGUGCUUUGGGGUUCGAGGUCCUCCACUCACCUCACUACCACACAUUAGAAACCAGACAAUCAGAGCCCAACAAGGUGACACUCCUGUCCGUCGUCAGCUGGAGUGGGGCACCCACACACGAGGCCGGAGCAGCAGGCAGGCGAGGCUGGGGCCAGUGGCUCCCCAGCAGAUCUCUUCACCUGCCAGGAAAGCUUCUUGACAUCUGCCAGCACCAAAGACUGGAGCAUGGUCAAGCCCAACGGGUGGCAGGCAGGAGCCAAGCUGGGUUGAGGCUUUGGGAAGGGAGGGCGUGUAUAGCGGAGGACGUAUGGAACAGCUUCGGGGGCCUCCGUGUCCCCCUCAUUCUUUUGCUCUUGCAUCCUGUCCUUUCUGUUCUUGGCCCUCAUGCCUCCUGGGGAAUAUGGGCCCAACUUUAUUUGCUGAUUCAUAGCUGCUGCUUGUUAAGUUAGGGUUAGGUGGGGAGAGAGGGACACAGUGGACAGCCCCCAGAGGCCCUGUCUACCUGACUACCCUUGCCUUAUGGCUCUAGUGUGUGACCUACAGAGCAUGUUCCACAAGAUCCCCACCUCACUGUCAUCACUAAUAAACAACAUGCACAGUC